GUGUCUCCAAUUUUACCUUAAUCCUGUUUUUUUUUUCUUCUUCCGAUUAAUCAUUGGUUUACAAUCAAGAGAACAAUGGUACACAGUGCCUACGAUUCUUUUGAGCUUCUGAGCAAGUGCCCAACAAAGAUCGAUGCAAUCGAAUCCUACGGCUCCAAGCUUCUCGUCGGCUGCUCCGAUGGCGCCCUUCGAAUCUACGGCCCAGACUCCUCCGUCACUGACAGAACCGAUCACCACGGUCAAUCUCAAGAACUCCGAAAAGAAACUUAUACCCUAGAGAGAACGGUAACCGGGUUUUCAAAGAAAACCUUGUUAGCCAUGGAAGUAUUGUCAUCAAGAGAGCUUCUCUUAUCUCUCUCAGAAUCCAUCGCAUUCCACAGAGUUCCAAAUUUGGAGACAUUAGCAGUCAUCACGAAGGCUAAAGGCGCCAAUGCCUAUUCAUGGGAUGAUCGGAGAGGUUUUUUGUGCUUUGCUCGGCAAAAGAGAGUUUGUAUCUUCAGACACGACGGGGGACGAGGGUUUGUGGAGGUGAAGGAAUUUGGUGUUCCGGAUACGGUGAAGUCCAUGUCGUGGUGUGGUGAGAAUAUAUGUUUAGGGAUUCGAAAAGAGUAUGUGAUUUUGAAUGCUACGAAUGGUGCGUUGACGGAGGUGUUUCCUUCUGGGAGAAUGGCACCUCCUUUAGUUGUAUCUUUACCUUCCGGAGAGCUUCUUCUUGGAAAGGAGAAUAUAGGGGUUUUUGUUGACCAAAAUGGCAAGCUUCUUCAAGCGGAGAGGAUUUGUUGGUCAGAGGCCCCAUCUGUUAUUGUCAUUCAGAAACCAUAUGCAAUUGGUAUGCUUCCAAGACGUGUCGAGAUUCGAUCUCUCCGAGUUCCAUACCAAUUGAUUCAGACCAUUGUGCUUCAAAAUGUUCGCCAUCUUACUCAAAGUAAUAAUGCAGUAAUUGUUGGAUUAGACAAUUCUGUAUAUGGUCUCUUCCCUGUUCCUCUUGGUGCACAGAUUGUCCAGUUAACAGCAUCUGGAAAUUUUGAGGAAGCCUUGGCCUUGUGUAAGUUGCUUCCACCAGAAGAUUCGAACCUUCGAGCAGCAAAGGAAGGGUCAAUUCAUUUAAGAUAUGCUCACUAUCUUUUUGAAAAUGGGAGCUACGAGGAAGCUAUGGAACAGUUUCUAGCAUCCCAAGUGGAUAUUACUUAUGUGCUAUCUCUGUAUCCAUCCAUUGUUCUUCCUAAAACAUCUAUGGUUUCUGAAGCAGAAAAGCCAAUUGAUGUUUCUUCAGAUGCCUUGCAUCUCUCAAGAGUUUCAUCUGGAAUGUCAGAUGAUAUGGAGUCAUCUCCACCCCAAUCAAUCGAAUUUGACGAGCAUGCGGCUAUUGAAUCCAAGAAAAUGAGCCAUAAUACUCUAAUGGCUCUCAUCAAGUUCUUGCAGAAAAAGAGGUACAGUGUGAUCGAGAAGGCCACUUCCGAGGGAACAGAAGAAGUUGUUUUAGGUGCUGUUGGGGAUAAUUUUGGACCUUAUGACUCAAGUAGGUUUAAGAAAUCCAGCAAGGGGCGUGGUAACAUUUCUGUUAAUUCGAGCGCUAGAGAAAUGGCUGCAAUACUUGAUACAACACUACUUCAAGCUCUUCUUCUUACUGGACAGUCUUCAGCAGCAUUAGAAUUACUCAAAGGUGCUAAUUACUGUGAUUUGAAAAUAUGUGAGGAGAUUAUUCAGAAAUGGAAUCUUCAUGCUGCCUUACUAGAGCUUUAUAAAUGCAAUUCGAUGCAUCGCGAAGCUCUUGAGCUCUUGCAUAAAUUGGUUGAAGAGUCAAAGACCCAAGCUGAGCUUAGCUCAAAGUUCAAGCCUGAAUCAAUUAUAGAUUAUCUCAAACCUCUCUGUGGGACAGACCCUAUGCUUGUCUUGGAGUUCUCUAUGCUUGUCCUAGAAAGCUGUCCAACGCAAACUAUAGAGCUUUUUCUGUCUGGGAAUAUUCCUGCAGACUUGGUAAACUCUUAUUUGAAGCAGAAUGCUCCAAACAUGCAGGGAAGAUAUUUGGAACUUAUGCUUGCAAUGAAUGACAAUGGGAUCUCGGGGAACUUGCAGAAUGAAAUGGUACAAAUCUAUCUUUCAGAAGUACUUGAUUGGUACACAGACUUGAUUUCUCAACAGAAAUGGGAUGAGAAAGCUUUUUCCCCAACAAGAAAGAAAUUAUUGUCUGCACUGGAAAGUAUCUCUGGGUAUAACCCUGAGGCUUUGUUGAAACGUCUUCCAGCAGAUGCAUUAUAUGAAGAGCGUGCAAUUUUACUGGGGAAAAUGAAUCAACACGAGCUUGCCUUAUCCCUUUAUGUGCAUAAGCUUCAUGUUCUCGAACUGGCAUUGUCCUAUUGUGAUCGGGUUUAUGAGUCGGCUGCUGAUAAAGUAUCUGCAAAAUCUUCGGCGAAUAUAUACCUCACGCUUAUGCAAAUUUAUCUGAACCCCCGGAAAACAAUCAAGAAUUUUGAAAAAAGAAUCACCAAUAUAGUCACUCAAAGUACAAGUGUACCAAAAGCCAGCUCUGCAGUGAAAGCUAGAGGAGGUCGUGGAGCUAAGAAAAUUGCUGCAAUAGAGGGUGCAGAAGACAUGCGUGUAAAUCUUGCUAGUACUGAUAGUGGUAGGAGUGAUGGUGAUGCAGAUGAAUUUAGUGAGGAAGGAGACUCUAUGAUUAUGCUUGAUGAGGUCCUUGACCUUCUGAGCAAAAGGUGGGACAGAAUCAAUGGAGCUCAAGCCCUCAGACUUUUGCCUAAGGAAACGAAAUUGCAGAAUUUGCUUCCUUUUCUUGGACCUCUUAUGAGAAAAUCCGGUGAAGCAUACAGAAAUCUGUCAGUUGUGAAGAGCCUACGGCAGAGUGAGAACUUGCAGGUAAAAGAUGAGUUGUACAAGCAAAGGAAAAAUGUGGUAAAGAUCACGAGUGAUAGCAUGUGCUCCCUUUGCAACAAGAAAAUUGGAACAAGUGUUUUUGCUGUUUAUCCCAACGGGAAAACACUCGUGCACUUUGUUUGCUUUAGGGAUUCCCAGAGUAUGAAAGCUGUGGUUAAGGGCUCACCGCUAAGAAGGCGGUGAUUUCUCGGUGUUCACAAGCUAUGCUGCACGGAAACUUGCAUUUCAUAUUUCUUUCCCAUUUUCGGAAAUGCUUUUGAAACUCCGAAACUCAAUAUUUAUGAAUUAUUCUUGGGGAAAACAUCAUUUCAGCGUUUUCCGUUUCUGUGCUACAUAGUUCACGAGAAGUAAAUGGACUUUGUGUAUGACUGUUAGCAAGUUUGAGCUGUGAAUGUGCUUGCUGCGACUCAUCGAUGUUCUCAGCCUGUUGGGAGAAACCUGCGGUCCCUAAGAUGAUGGUUUUGCCGGUGGUUUCCGAUUGACGAGAAAUACUUCAUAUUUGGUUUGUGUAGAUAGUGAUAAUUAUAAGGCUUCAGAAUUGUUUUGGGUGAUUAAGGUGGCCUUGUAUGUAAUUUAAGUUGCUUGCGUUGUAAGAAAAGCAUCAGUACAGAUUGGAGAUUUGUAGUUGUAUUGUAUGUCCAUAACUUAUACUUAUUAUUCAUUCUUUCAUCA